GAGCGCGGGCUUCCCGCCCGUCUGGAAGCCCUCUGCACGCGCUCAGCGCGCCAUUCCUUCCGCGAGGGCCCCUCGGGAUGAGGGAGGGAUCCAAUUCCUUUGUUUCCAAGAACUUCAGAUUUUUGACUAGAAAUGCGGGGUAGGGGGCGGCCUGUGGUCCUUCUCUGGAUCUGACCACUUCUCGGCACCUUACCAGGAGUGGAGGGAAGCUACCUACACACGUGAAAUGCCAUUCGCACAUUACCAUUCGCUUCGUUUCGCGAUUGAGAGAGGCCCGAUUGCCCAGGGCUGCCCCUGACACGGUGGUACUGAGCCACAGUUGGCAACGAGCUGCGCCCUGGAGCUGAACCGAGGGUGGCACAUGGCCUCGGGAUCGCUCCCAACGGGGGGCGGGGGGGGAAAGGAGCGGAGCGGACAUCCUGUGAGGCUGAGAAUGUUUGAAAGCGGAGAGUCGCCUCUGUCCAGAAUUCGCCGGACUGGGGCCCAACGCCACGCCGCCCAGCUCCGCCUUUCGGCCGUCUCAGCGGCCCUGGAAGUCCCGCCGGUGAGCCGCUGUAGACUUUCUGAAGGAAAUGCGCUUUGUCCACCCAAUUUGCGCAGUCUGGCUACAGAGGACCUCCAGGGAGAGGCCUGUGGAGGAACACGCAGAGGGGACCCCCUGCAGCACCAGCCGCCCGGCUCCAAACUACGGACAGACUCUCAGCCAUUCACGAUGCCCUCCUGCCGGUCUGGCCAGAUGCCUGCACCACGGCCGUGGUGGCUCCAGCUCCUCCUGCUCCUCCUUUGCAUCCCUUCCUCCCUAGCGGUCUUGCCCGGCCAGACAGAUGAGCUCAAAGUGGCCACCCAGACGGGCUGGGUGCGUGGACUGCGGACGCCAGUUCUCGAUGGCUACGUCUCGGCCUUCCUGGGCAUCCCCUUUGCGGAGCCUCCCGUGGGUCGCCUGCGCUUCCUGCGCCCUGAGCCCGUCAAGCCCUGGCAGCACGUCCUGGACGCCACUUCCUACCAGCACGCCUGCUACCAGAUGGUGGACAACAGCUACCCGGGAUUUCACGGCACGGAGAUGUGGAACCCCAACCGGGAAAUGAGCGAAGACUGUCUUUACCUCAACAUCUGGGUGCCCUCCCCACGCCCGAAGAACGUCUCCGUCCUGGUCUGGAUCUACGGAGGGGGCUUCUACAGCGGCUCUGCAUCCCUGGACGUCUACGAUGGCCGCUUCCUGACCUACACACAGAACGUCAUCCUGGUCUCCCUCAGCUACCGCGUGGGGGCCUUCGGCUUCCUGGGUCUCUUGGGGAGUCAGGAGGCGCCGGGAAACAUGGGGCUGCUGGACCAGCGCUUGGCCUUGCAGUGGAUCCAGAACAACAUCCAGCACUUUGGGGGCAAUCCCAAAGCGGUCACCAUUUUUGGGGAGAGUGCCGGGGCCGCCUCAGUGGGCAUGCACCUGCUUUCCUCCCAGAGCCGUGCCCUCUUCCAGCGGGCCAUUCUGCAGAGCGGGGCGCCCAAUGCGCCAUGGGCCACCGUCACACCCGCAGAGAGUCGGCGCCGUGCGACCCUCCUGGGGAAGCAGGUGGGUUGCCACUUCACCAACGAUUCUGAGCUGGUUAGUUGCUUGCGCUCUAAAACUCCCCAGCAGCUGAUUGAUGAGGAGUGGUCCGUCCUGCCCUACAAGAGCACCUUCCGCUUCCCCUUCGUGCCGGUCAUUGACGGGGACUUCUUUCCAGACACCCCUGAGGCCAUGCUUGGCACGGGCAAUUUCAAGGAGACCCAGGUGCUGCUAGGGGUGGUGAAGGACGAGGGCUCCUACUUCCUGAUCUACGGGGUGCCUGGCUUCAGCAAGGACAACGACAGCCUCAUCAGCCGGGAGGACUUCCUGGAGGGGGUGCGGAUGGGCGUGCCACACGCCAAUGACAUCGCCACCGAGGCCGUCGUGCUGCAGUACACCGACUGGCAGGAUGAGGACAACCGGGAGAAGAACCGGGAGGCCAUGGACGACAUCGUUGGGGACCACAACAUCAUCUGCCCAGUCGUGCACUUUGCCACUCGCUAUGCAGAGCGUGGCAACAAGGUGUACGCCUAUCUGUUUGACCAUCGGGCCUCCAACCUCAUCUGGCCCCUGUGGAUGGGGGUCCCCCACGGCUACGAGAUUGAGUUUGUCUUUGGACUGCCCCUCAACGACAGCCUGAACUACACGGCCCAGGAAAAGGAGCUGAGCCGCAGGAUGAUGCGCUACUGGGUCAACUUCGCCCGGACAGGGAGCCCCACUGACCCCGCCGAGGAGGGCGGUGCCUGGCCCACCUACACCGCCUCCCAGCAGCAGUACGUCCGGCUCAACACCCAGCCGCUGGCCACCCACCGCAGCCUGCGUACCCAGAUCUGCGCUUUUUGGAACCACUUCCUCCCCAAACUGCUGAACGUGACAGACAACAUCGAGGAGGCCGAGAGGCAGUGGAAACUGGAGUUCCAUCUCUGGAGCGCCUACAUGAUGCACUGGAAGAGCCAGUUCGACCACUACAACAAGCAGGACCGCUGCUCGGAGCUGUGAUGGGAGGAGCUGGCAUGCCCCCCCCCCAGUGCUCCCCCAACCUCGCCGACAAGAAGCCGGUUUGCCUCUUGGUCCAGAAGCUCCCGGAGGAGUCCAGCGCCAAUCCCACCCACCCCUCAGCAUCAAGCUGAUCUACUGCUCCUUGGGGAAAGCCACCCCCAGUCCGAUCGCCCCUCCCACCGGCCCCCAAGCCCUCCCCAUCCUGUGCCCUGAGCCUGCCCACUCAGCAGGGAUUUGUAUACAAUAUUUAUUUAAAGAGGAAAUGCGGUAAAUAUAUAGCUUAUAUAUAUAUAUAUAUAUAGAUAUAAUUAUAUCUAUAUUUGAACUGUAUAUAGAAUCAGAGCUGCAGCAGAUGCUGCCACAGGCGACCUCCUCCCUUCUGCUUUCUUCCAGUCGACCCCCCACCCGCCGAUCCCAGACGCCUUCCCGCCCGGGGCUAACCGCAGGCCUCCCUCUCCCGGACUCCGGGCCUCCCGCAUGCCUGACCGCCGAGCGCGGAGCUCUGUCUCCCCUGUGUUUGACCCCAAUAAAGUUCUGGAUCCCCA